UUGCUGAAAACAGGAACCUGCCCUUCUGCAAGCCCCGCGCCUUCCUCGUUCUCACAGAGGAAGUGUGUGGCGGUUUAGCAACUGUGGUGCCUCUUGAUAGCAAGGGCUUCUCCUCUACCCCUCUGGAGCCCUGGCCGUCUGCUCAUUCUGGAGGAGCAGCCACUGAUGGAGAGGCGGUGACCCCGUGCCUGGCCGCCCCUCCGCCGCCAACUCCCAGGGGAGACCAUGCCCAGCGUUUGAAGGCUUCGGGCAUCUUCCACCACCCCAGGAGAGAGAGAAAUGGGGAACAGCAUGAAGUCCAGCCCGGCGCCCCCGGAGAGGCCUCUGCCCAGCACAGAUGGACUGGAGAGUGACUUCCUCGCGGUGCUGAGUGACUACCCAUCUCCUGACAUCAGCCCCCCAAUAUUCCGCCGUGGGGAGAAACUGCGAGUGAUUUCUGAUGAAGGAGGCUGGUGGAAAGCCAUUUCUCUUAGCACUGGUCGGGAGAGUUAUAUCCCGGGAAUCUGUGUGGCCAGAGUUUACCACGGGUGGCUGUUCGAAGGGCUGGGCAGGGAGAAGGCGGAGGAGCUGCUGCAGCUGCCAGACACAAAGGUCGGCUCCUUCAUGAUCCGAGAGAGCGAGACCAAGAAAGGUUUUUACUCCCUGUCGGUGAGACACAGGCAGGUGAAGCACUAUCGCAUCUUCCGCUUGCCAAACAACUGGUACUACAUCUCCCCAAGGCUCACCUUCCAGUGCCUGGAGGACCUGGUCAACCACUACUCAGAGGUGGCUGAUGGCCUGUGCUGUGUGCUCACCACGCCCUGCCUGACGCAGAGCACGCCCGCCCCAGCAGCCAGGGCCUCCAGCUCCCCCGUCACCCUGCGCCAGAAGACCUUCGACUGGAAGAGAGCCUCCAGACUGCAGGAGGACCCUGAGGGAGCAGGGAACCCACUUGGGGUGGAUGAGUCCCUUUUCAGCUAUGGCCUUCGGGAAAGCAUCGCGUCCUACUUGUCCCUGACUGGGGAUGACAGCAGCCCCUUUGAUCGGAAGAAGAAAAGCGUCUCGCUGAUGUACAGUGGAAGCAAGAGGAAGAGCUCGCUGCUCUCAUCGCCACCGUACUUUGAAGACUAGCGGCACAGCAGAUGCCCGGGCUCGCACCCGAGGCCACAGAGGUUCUGACUGUCACCUGGGAUCUUGCAAAAGGCAGGAUUCUCUAGCCCCUGGACAACCCAAUUCCAGCCAGGAGAAGCCAUCAUGAGACCCAAACUCUCACCUUCUCUAUCCACAUCAUGACCAAAGGGUCCCCUCCUCCGUGUCUGACCAGGGCUGUGACACAGGACAUGUCAAGUCUCAAUGAUGGGACAAGGUCUCAAAGAGCCCAGCAGACAAGGAUGUGCACGUGACGCACGGGAAGGAUGAGGAAUUCUUCCAGAAACUGCGCCGGAAGCGUUCCUCAGUCGACUGGCAGAUGGAGGUGGAAGGUGGAGGAGGACCGCAGCCUGCGGAGGGGGGCAGCAGGUGGGAGCCGCACUGCCAUCCAUGGAGACCUACGGAGUGACACCUCCUCCCUUGUAAGAGACCCGCUGACACUAAACCCCAGCCGACGGACUUGCUAGCUCCUCCAUACCAGGAGGAGACGUUGGCGUUCUCCUGCACCAAAGCCAUGUGGCAGGGGACAUGGGGCAAGGGUGGCGGCUGGUGGGGAAGGAAGGUGGCCUGGGACUCACCACCUUCUAGGGGCCCCAGCCAGGGUCUGCAGCACAGAAAGAGCUUCUCUGGCUCCUGGGGUCCUUGCCAGAGUUAAGGAACCAAUGAUUCCUUCACAACUGUGUAAAAAGGUGCUGUGUUAAGUCCUGUGUGAGGUGGGGGACAAACAGGGAAACAAGGGUGACUCAGCCCAGCCCCCAGCGAGGCGUCACAGUGAGGCAGAGAGAGAGUGGAAAAGCAUGGAAUGUAAAAGCAGCCUCGCGUGGAGAGAUGGACUGCCUGCCUGGGAUGGGCUGGGGCAGGGGACGGGGCGCCGUGUCCAGGGAUCUGCAUGGAGCUUAGGGCUGCUGGACGUGGCAGGAAGAAAGGCCGGAUGUUCUUAAAAGAAGGAAAGUGAUCACUUCUAAGGAGUUGACUCACACCACAUUUUAUCCUAGGAAGGGUCUGGUAUCCACAUGAGUGCAAAUACCGAGCUCCAGGAAGAGGGGAGGCCCUGAGUGGCUUGAUUUUGCCAUAUACAGCUGAAGGAGACGGGUGAAAACACAGGCGGAGAAGGAGCGAUGAACCAGACAGUCGGAUCCUGCCAGGAAGGCAGGCGGCUGCAGACGGCUCAUGACUCACUCUUCCCCUUCCAGGGACUCUGGGGAGGGGGCACGUGCACAUGGCCCUUCACGUCUGCUCACAUGCGCGUCCAUGGCCAUGAGUUCGUGCUGCUGGUGGUACGUGCAUUUGUGUUUACAUGAUUUGCUGUGUCACCAGAUUCCAGGGUAUUCAUACAAGGAGGCAUUUGUGGCUUCCUUGACAAUCUCCCACGGCUGAUCCAAAGCCACCAGCCAGCAUGUGAGAAAGGAUCGUGACACCUGUGACACCCGGGACAGCGACUUCCACCUGGAGGCCUGGUGCCUCUGCGCUCCAGAUGUCUGUACAGCAUCUUCUAUGUCAUUUUCUGUUGUGACCGAUGUGACUGGAGCAUUGGGGAGCCCCAGGGGGGUUCUAAGUGGGGAGCAUUACACUUUGUUCAAUCAUGUAUUUAUUCCUGAUUAAAGUAACCUAAUAAAUAUUUAAGCCUUGAA